CGCGACGCAAAAUACUAUUUCAUUAACCGCGUCAAUGAAUGUGUAAGAGCUGAGAGAGGUGCGGGGAGCCGGGGUGCAUCUAUGCAUUUCCGAACAAACCCGAUUUUGGUUCCGAACUAGAUUCCGCGCCAGCCGCACGUCUCUUGCGCUCAUUUUUUUUGUGUGUGUACCUACUUUCGAUUUUAAAUUCAAAUAAUAUAGUUUUGUGCAUAAUUUCGGACUUUUCACUUGUGUUUUGACUCCCAGCCGUUACAAAAGCUGGUCUUCGAGCCGGAUCGUUAAUGUUCCAUACGCCUAAGAUGUCAAAUGUUAAAACACGCCGUGUUGCUAAGCGAGAACUGUUGGAAUUGGAGGGUACCUCUAACAAAGAAGCGACCGGUACCGAUAAGCCGCAGGAUACUGAAGCUAAAGAAGAAAAAAAUGAACCUUCGACUUCACCAAAGCGGAUUUUGGAUACGACAUCAGUGAUCGCGAGUACCGUCAAGACAGAAAAGACUCGCAAAUCUGAGCGCGCGGUUAGUAUGUCGAAAACAAAGAAAUCUUCGGUAUCUUCUGUAGAAGCGCGCAGAAAGAAGCUGGAACUAGAAGCCGUGGAACAGAAAGCACGAAUUAGAAUGGAGUUGAUCGACAAGCGAUUGGAAGCCGAGAUAGCGGAAUUAAAUAACGAUUACAGUCCACAUUCAUCGGAGGCCGCCAGUAUAGUUUCCAAACGCAGUGAGGUUGCUAAAUGGGUGGAGCGAAGUCAGCAAGAAUUGGAGUCACGGCCAGUCACUGAACGGAACGAGGGUCUCGAGGGGCCAGGCUUGCCGUGCCCGCUAGCGUUACAGAACGACGCUAGCACCGACGGUCCAAUUCACCAGCUCGCUAACGUACUCAAAGAUUUCCUCACAACUAGCAUCUCUGAAAAACAAAACUCCAAGCUCCUAAGUCGUAUCAGUACACCCAAGGACCUACCACUGUUCACUGGUGACGCAAUGGAAUGGCUACAGUUCAAAAUGGCAUACGAAGAAUCAACUCGAUUGUGCCAAUUUAGUGAUUCCGAGAACUUGUGGCGGCUACGAAAAUGUCUCCGUGGCGCAGCUAAAGAUGCAGUCCAGGCGUUACUCAUCACGGCUACUUCUCCCGAAGUACUUAUGUCUACGCUCGAGCUACAGUUUGGCAACCCAGAUAUUAUAUUGCACCGUAUAAAACAAGAAAUAAAAAAAUUAAGUUCAGUGGCUCCAGAGUACCAUAAAGACAUUGUUAUGUUUUCAAAUAAAAUUAAAAAUUACGUUGCCGCCGUACUCGCACUUAACCGUGAAAAUCACCUAGAAGACUCGAGUGUAAUCACAGUUGUGUUAUCUAAACUGCCUACUAUUCUUUUGUCUAAAUGGGCGGACUACCGGUACUCACACAACACGGCGAGCACCACGACUAGACUCGAUCAACUAUCGGAUUUCCUCAACGAAGAAGCUAUUAAAAUAUCACAGUGCAGUGUUAUGUUAAUUAAUGCUCCAAGAGACAAUUUUAAGCGUAAAUACACGGACAAUAAUAUCAACGCUAAGACUAUACUACUACAAAGUGAACAAAGUUAUACUAAGUGUCGUUAUUGUCACGGAUCUAAUCACAAUCUCACAGACUGUAAGAAAUUUAAAAAAUCACUACGAAAAGAUCGCUGGAGCUACGUAAAACGGUCUGGACUUUGUUACAAGUGCCUAUUACGUCAUCACGAUAAACAGAUGUGCCCGGCGCCGGCGUGUGAUAUUGAUAACUGCGGCGAAACGCAUCACCGCUUAUUGCAUUUCGUUCCGAAUAAUCGUGGUACAUCAAGCGACAACCCCGUGGUAGAAGAACCGCCCGAGACGGAAAAUACCGAAACUCAAGUCGUUACUCGUAUUGACUGUACCUCCGAGAGUGUUGUGUUAGUAAAAGUCGUGCCAAUAAGUGUACACGGACCUAAUGGAACAAUUAUAAACACGACCGCGGUCCUUGACGACGGUACUAGUGUGUCGAUGAUAACAGCGGGUCUGGCCGCGCGGGCCGGGCUGCAGGGACGACGCAAGUACAUGCAUGCGCGUGGUGCAUGGAACAAUGCCGAGUUAUCGUGCGAAACGCAGCUGAUAGAUAACAUUACGGUGUCUAAUUGUGACAAAAAACUGUUUACGUUGAGCGCGCGCAGUGUGAAUGAACUUGAUUUACCUACACAAAAUAUGAACUUAGUUAAUUGUGAAAAGUUCGCGCAUGUGCAAAAGUAUAAAAAAUAUUUAAGUAACGGACAGUAUAAAAAACCGGAAAUACUAAUCGGUCAAGAUAAUUACCAUUUGAUUUUACCGUUAGAAAUCAUAGGUGGGAGUACAUACGACGAACCAUAUGUGACUCGUACUCCGCUGGGCUACUGUUUACACGGCAGGGUACCCUCUGGUGUGACGUCAUCACACCGCGCACUGUUUACAACCCUGCAUUUAACUACUUAUGACGACGAUGCUGACGUCACCGAGAACAACCGGUUGCUUAAUGAACUACACGAGAAGGUUCGCCGUAACUUUGCAGUGGAUUCUAUGGGAAUUUCUACUAAACCGCGGCUGAAUAGCGAAGAUGAACGCGCUCGUGAACUGCUGGAGCAAACUUCUACUCUCGUUGACGGCAAGUGGCACGUCGGCUUGCCCUGGAAGGACGUGAACUGUGUCAUGCCCGACUCAUUUCCCCUUGCGAUGUCACGCUUAAAAAAUGUCGAGCACAAGAUGUCAAAGAAUAGCGCAUUCAAACAGAGAUAUAUGGAACGUUUCGAACACUUAUUCGAAAAUAAUUAUGCGCACGAACUACUCGACACUCAAGUUACGCCAAAGACGUGGUACUUAGGACAUUUUGGAGUAGAUAAUCCAAAUAAGUCAAAACUCCGGCUAGUAUUCGAUGGCGCAGCUACCACGAACGGUUUUUCGCUAAACGACUAUUUACUAAAAGGCCCCGACCUACUCAUGUCUCUCUUCGGCAUAAUGCUCAGAUUCCGCGAGCACCCUAUCGCCAUAUCUGGGGACAUAAAGGACAUGUUUCUGCGAAUAAAAAUAAGAUCCGAAGAUCAGAAUGCUUUCCGAUUCUUAUACAGAAAAGAACCCGAAGAACCCGUGAGAACGUAUGUGAUGUCGUCCUUAGUAUUUGGAGCCUGCUGCUCGCCAUUUAUUGCCCAAUUUAUCAAAAACAAGAAUGCUCAACGCUUCGAGUCAUCAUAUCCAUCAGCGACGGAAGCUAUAUAUAAGCAACAUUAUAUGGAUGACUGGAUUGACAGCGUGCCAGAUGAAGAAACAGCUAUCAAGUUGAUACGUGAAGUAAAAAUGAUCCAUAAACAGGGAAACUUUGAAAUACGCAACUUUAUGUGCAACAGCCCAGCGGUACUCGAUAGCCUACCAAAAGAAGCCCUAGGUGAGACGGCCGUAAAGUUCAAAACCGGCGAGCAUUACGACGGCGAGCGAACUCUCGGCCUAUUGUGGCGUCCAGAUGAUGAUACCUUGGGGUUUGACGUAUCGUUUAAAAAAAUACCGGAAAGUAUUAUAAAUGGACAACAAAGGCCAACAAAGCGUGCUAUGCUGCGCGUUGUGAUGUCGAUUUUCGAUGUUUACGGAUUUUUAUCGCCUAUUACUAUCAUAGGAAAACUGAUUAUUCGUGAUACCUGGCGAUUAAAUAUAUCUUGGGAUCAAGGUGUACCUGACGAUAUAUACGACGAAUGGUGCAAGUGGACGAACCUACUUAAAUCAUUAGAAAAUGUGAGACUGCCCCGGUACUAUAACGACGCCGCCGCAACGAGCCCCGCCAGCGUAACGCACACCGAACAGUUGCUAGGAGGCGACGCGCCCGGCCCGGCUUUAUCGUUAUCUGCACCUGCGCCGCCGCUGCAAUUGAAUGAAAAUAAUAAAUAUACAAACCUGCAGUUGCAUCUGUUUUGCGACAGUUCAUCUAUAGCUAUGUGCGCGGUGGCUUACUGGAGAUGGGAAUGCAAUGGAUUAAUACACGUUGCAUUUAUAGCUAGCCGAAGUCGUGUGAUGCCUAAUAAAACCUUAUCAAUUCCUAGGGCGGAAUUACAAGCUGCUGUAUUAUCUGCUCGCUUAGCAGAUACGAUAACAAAGGAACAUAAGAUAAAGGCCGAGCGACGAACCUUUUGGAGUGAUUCAAGUUGUACUUUGCAUUGGAUAAGGAAUGCCGCUCGUACUUAUAAACCGUACAUAGCGCAUCGUUUAGGCGAGAUUGACGAGAUGACGCUCAUUAGUGAAUGGAGGUACGUGCCUACAAAAUUAAACAUAGCGGACUUGGGCACGCGAAAAAACUAUGACUGCUGCAUUUUGGAAAACGAAUGGCUUCACGGACCUACCUUCCUCCGACGUGAUGAGUGUGACUGGCCAACCGAUGUACUGAACCCUGAAAUAAAAAAUACAGCUGAUUUAGAAUGUGUAAAUAUUAUACAAAAUAAUGAAAUUGACUUACCAGUGCCGGACCCAACAAGGUUUUCUUCGUGGUUGCGCCUACUUAGGUCUACUAAUAUGGUACUUACCUUUAUAAACAAAUGUAGAAAACAUACCGUUGAGAAAGAUGUUACCAUGGAGAGAGCUGAAAGUUUAAUUUUGAGAACUUCACAAGCUGAAAGUUUCGGACAAGAAGUAAGUGACCUGAAACAAGGAAAACACAUUAAUAAAAACAGUAAAAUACUUACCCUGUCACCGUUCCUCGACGAAUAUGGAGUCUUGCGCGCGGCGGGCCGCAUCGAUGAGGCUGCAGAUGUUUCGCCGGCAAUGAGAAGACCUGCAAUCUUAGAUGGUCAGAAUUAUACGGCGCGCCUGAUUGUAAAACAUUACCAUACUAGCGCCGCGCAUGGAUAUCAGGAAUUGGUUGUAAAUAAUAUAAAACAAAAAUACUGGAUUACAAAAUUAAGACCGACCGUUAAGAACGUUGUAUCUAAGUGCAUGACCUGCCGGCUUAAAAAAUGUAAACCAGAGAUACCCAGAAUGGGGGACCUACCUAGUGCUAGAUUGGCUCACCAUCAACGUCCCUUUACCUUCUGUGGUGUAGAUCUGUUCGGUCCUAUGGAGGUAACUAUUGGGCGACGACGAGAAAAAAGGUAUGGCGUUCUGUUUACCUGCUUAACGGUGAGAGCUAUACACCUGGAGACCGUCGCAUCACUUACCUCCGAUUCCUUCAUCAUGGCCCUGCGCCGCAUGGCAGCAAGACGAGGCUGGCCUCAACAAUUGUUUUCGGACAAUGGGACGAAUCUCCGAGGUGCCGAUACUGAACUUAGAAGGUCGAUUCAGGAACUGGACGAGGAGAAGCUCAAAGACGGAGCGAUGAACCACGGGGCAAAAUGGACAUUUAUUCCCCCUGCUAGCCCACACUGGGGAGGUGCAUGGGAGCGCUUAAUACGAAGUGUGAAGGUAUCCCUGAAAACCAUACUAAAAGAGCGAGCUCCUAGAGAGGAGACCCUGAACUCUCUGCUCGCGGAAGUUGAAAGUAUUGUUAACAGCCGACCACUAACCCAUGUUUCUGUCGAGCCAAAUAGUCAGGAAACGCUGACACCUAACCACUUUCUUGUGGGUACAUCAUCCAACCUACCACACAUGGGAGCAUUUGACGGAUCAGAGUUAUUUCUAAGAAAACAAUGGCGCAUAGCUCAGCUCCUUGCUGACCAAUACUGGAAGCGUUGGGUGAGAGAGGUUCUACCUGACCUGGUGCCGAGAAAGAAAUGGCAAGCAGAGCAGAGGCCAUUGCAAGUUGGAGACCUCGUACUCAUAGUGGACCCAGACGGGCCUCGCAAUGUGUGGCCCAGAGGCCUAGUACAAGAAGUCAUACCAGGCAGAGAUGGGCGGGUCCGAAUGGUGAGGAUUAAGACCAGAACGGGAAUUCUUACCAGAUCUGCCACACGCGUCGCUCACCUUCCGAUAGGGGAUGAGUGCUGCUAGUGCAGCACUAGGGGGGGGUAUGUUCGCGACGCAAAAUACUAUUUCAUUAACCGCGUCAAUGAAUGUGUAAGAGCUGAGAGAGGUGCGGGGAGCCGGGGUGCAUCUAUGCAUUUCCGAACAAACCCGAUUUUGGUUCCGAACUAGAUUCCGCGCCAGCCGCACGUCUCUUGCGCUCAUUUUUUUUGUGUGUGUACCUACUUUCGAUUUUAAAUUCAAAUAAUAUAGUUUUGUGCAU